CUACAACAGGUUCAACUGUUAACACAUUAAAAAAGGGAAAAAAAACUCUGAAGUAUCUUUCUUUGACAGUACACCAUCUUAUCUCUCAUAAACUUUGGAUGUGUAACAAUAUGGUGAGAUCACCGCAUCGUUAAAGGCCCAGUGUUAGCAGGUUUCUGGAAAACUCUGACCACAGGCAUCCCAUCUCCAUCCUCUGUGUUUUUAACCCUCCAGUUCCUAUCCUUUUUCCUCUGCGGCUUCUUGUGCUGUUUAUGUGAAGCCGUUUCCUUCUUCACGCUCACUUUCUUAGUAGACGCAAGCCCGUUCGCCAGAUCAAACGAGCUCAGAUCAUCUAGCACGUCAUCAAUACCAGAAACUUGCUCGCUUUCUUCCUCAUCAUCCUCACCUUCUUCAGAAUCUGAACCUGUUUCUGGACUAGUGUCCUCUUCGGUCAUCCCAGGCGGCAUUGCAAAACGCGGCAGCUUGCCUCCGAUGUAAUCCUUCAGAAUCUGCCUCGCUGCUUUGGUUUCAUCAGGUAGUCCACUAGAGGCAACAUAGCCACGUGAAGCGCAGUAAGCUCUCAGAAGCUCAGCAGCAAGAGGAGGACGGGACUGACGCUCAUAGGUUUUCGGAAGGGUGAUGUUGUAGACGCUUUGGAUGAUGACAUGGCGAGGGACCUUGUCGGUAACCACCUGAAUAGCUUCGUGGUGCUCUGUCAUCCUGUCGAUAGGAAGCACACCGCAAGUGAUCAUUUCGUAUCCACACAUUUAUGGACAAGGCUAGCAACUGCAGCGUCAACAGCAGCUGUAGCAUCAGCAUCAAUUGGUAUGACUUCAACUGGUAUGGAUUUGGAUCUGCAUGUGGAUCCAAAAGAACCAACUUACUGCAUCUGCAACCAAGUUAGCUACGGCGAGAUGAUUGCCUGCGAUAACAAUGAGUGUACGAUUGAGUGGUUCCAUUUUGGUUGCGUGGGGCUGAAAGAUCAACCCAAGGGAAAAUGGUACUGUCCGGAUUGUGCUACAGUCAAGAAGAGCAGGAAAGGCCGAUGAUUUUGAAUCUUAAAGAGCUCUUGUUUCGUUAAACCGGUCUACUAAUUGUAUAUCUACUUCCAUGUAAGCUAUUGACAUCGAAUAAUGACACUAUGGAUUUUACUAGUC